CCGGCGGAGGGUCCCGGGGGGCAGGGUCCGGGUCCGACCGGGGCACGUGGGGGCGGCUCGGCGGGACCCCUUUGUUGUGGCCGGGUUUUGUCCUUUCCUCCCCUCUCCCUCCUCCUGCCGCGGAGAAAAGUUCUAGCCCUCGAUCCUCUCCUGCUCCACAACUUCCUCGUGUACUCCCAGCUUAAUUCAGAGUUUAGUUUUCUUAGGCUCGUUUUAAAUGCUGUGCACUUUUCUUUAAUAUCAGCGCUUCAGAAGUUUUGGAUUCUUUGUAGCCACUUCCCCAGUCCCUGCGAUUUUUAUGACCGCUGAUAUUGUGACUUUUGUUCUCUUUGUGAGCAGCACUAAACCCGUGAAACCAGUUUCACUUUCAGGCUGUUGUUGGAAAUGUUUUAAAUGUUUAAAAUUUAGAAAUUUCUCAAUUUCUGCCCCAGUGUGGCUUUAAAACUUAAAAGUCCUGCCACAAAGUGUACGCUGAUUGUGGUAAAAACUCCUGUGCGUGCAAAAGUAAUUUAUUUUAAAAUACCUAUUAAAAUGUGGGUGGCAACCCUUUUGAUUUUUCACAUCUAACCCCAGUUAAAACUAAAAGCUGCAGGGCAAGCUCCUGUAUUUUAUAUUAAAAUUAUUUUACAAGUUUGAGAACAUUCAUUUACUUAUUUAUUAUAUUUAACAGUUUGAUUUUGACUUGUAAGGAAUGGAAUAAGAAGGCUGUGAGAGAGUCUAAUCUGGAACAUUAAGUGGGAACUAAAACAAUAUAUUCCUUUUAUUGCCUUUAGAAAGGCAAUAGAACUUGAUAGAUUAGCCUUUACUCAUUGCUUCUGUUUAGGGAUAGUUUUGAGGAAGUGUGUAAUGCAGGCUGUAGGGAACCAUGCAGAGGUAUAUUCUCUCCUAUGUGGAAGUUACUUUUUAUGCCACAGGAGUAGUUUAGGAGUUGUUCUUGAGAAGGCGUGUGGGCUUGUGCAACAUGCAGAAGGAUUUUAGGCUGGAAGUCAGAAUUCUCUUCGUUGUUCCCCAAAGAGUGAGGUGCCUCUGGUAGCAGUGAAAACAUGCAGAGAAGCUCCCUCUCAUUGGAUUUUGUUUCUCUCACCUUCUAAAAUUUGAUUUAAUUUUGCAAGGCUUUUGGUACCUUCUGCAAAACCACUUCUGCAUUCCUGCAUUUCCCAGGUAAGUGGGUACACUCUGGGCAUGGGGGAUCAUUUGCUCAAUCUGGCUCUGAGCACGUGGAAUGAGUUCAGAUGUUGAAGACUUUAAGUUUUGGGUUGGUGGUGUUUUUUGGGAGGGUUUACAUUUAAAUUUGUUGUUUUGUUUGUUGUUCUGUUUUUUAAUGGUAACACAGUGUUUAAAGUGAAGUAUUUGCCUCUUCCAGAUAUUCCUGUAAGGGCUUUGUAGAAACAUAAUGGAGUUUGUAACAAAUUUUCAGUUUUCUCGAAACUCAGAUAUUUCACAUAUUAAUCAUCACACCCCCCUCCAAAAUUCCCUGCUAAUUUGAUAUAUUUUUUUAUGAAAGAGUCUCCCCUCUUGUGUGAAACCCCCUGGGGAAGAGGCUAUGGACAAAACCAUUGGCAAACAGCAGAAACUGGCUUCAGACAAAAUGCUGUCAUACAUAGCAAAUGAAGAGACAGGAAAAAACAUUUCUGUAAUUUUCCAGCAGAGAUUUUACUUAUAAUAAGAGUGGAAGGCACAUUUCCAGAUAGAGACAGAACAUACUUCACGAGUGGAGAGGAAACGCCGAGACUCGUUCGGGAUGUUUGACGGUUAUGAUAGUUGUAGUGAGGACACCAGCAGCAGCUCCAGUUCAGAUGAGAGUGAGGAGGAGGUUGCUCCUUUGCCAUCCAGUCUCCCAAUUAUCAAGAACAAUGGGCAAGUUUAUACUUAUCCAGAUGGCAAAUCUGGCAUGGCCACAUGUGAGAUGUGUGGGAUGGUUGGUGUCCGUGACGCUUUUUACUCUAAAACAAAGCGCUUCUGCAGCGUGUCCUGCUCCAGAAGCUACUCCUCCAACUCCAAGAAGGCCAGCAUUCUGGCCAGGCUUCAGGUAGGUAAACCUCCAACAAAGAAGGCUAAAGUUCUACAAAAACAGCCCUUGGUGGCUAAAUUAGCAGCAUAUGCUCAGUACCAGGCAACUCUACAAAACCAGGCAAAGACGAAAGCAGCAGCUGUCCCCGUGGAAGGUUUCAGCUGGGGUAACUACAUCAAUAGCAAUAGCUUUACAGCAGCUCCUGUUACCUGCUUUAAACACGCACCUAUGGGGACGUGCUGGGGUGAUAUUGCAGAAGGAGUGCGAGUGGAGGUUCCAAACACUGACUGCAGCCUACCUACCAAAGUCUUCUGGAUAGCUGGAAUUGUGAAAUUAGCAGGCUACAAUGCCCUGCUGAGAUAUGAAGGCUUUGAAAAUGAUUCAAGUCUUGACUUUUGGUGCAACGUUUGUGGGUCUGACAUCCACCCAGUUGGUUGGUGUGCAACCAGUGGGAAGCCCCUAGUUCCUCCUCGAACCAUCCAACACAAAUACACAAACUGGAAAGCUUUUCUAGUGAAACGACUUACUGGUGCCAAAACACUUCCUCCUGACUUUUCUCAGAAGGUGUCUGAGAGUAUGCAGUACCCGUUCAAAACUUCCAUGAGAGUAGAAGUUGUUGACAAAACACACCUUUGCCGAACAAGGGUGGCAGUGGUUGAGAGUGUCAUUGGGGGCCGGCUGAGGUUGGUGUAUGAAGAAAGUGAAGACAAAACUGAUGACUUCUGGUGCCAUAUGUACAGUCCACUCAUCCAUCACAUUGGCUGGUCUCGAAGCAUAGGACACAGAUUCAAAAGAUCUGAUAUUACAAAGAAACAGGAUGGACAUUUUGAUGCACCCUCACACUUAUUUAUGAAGGUAAAAGAGGUUGAUGCAGCUGGAGAAUGGUUUAAAGAAGGAAUGAAAUUGGAAGCUAUAGACCCCUUAAACCUUUCAGCAAUAUGUGUGGCAACUAUUAGAAAGGUGUUAGCAGAUGGCUAUCUUAUGAUUGGGAUUGAUGGCUCAGAAGCAGCAGAUGGGUCUGAUUGGUUUUGUUACCAUGCCACUUCCCCUUCUAUUUUCCCUGUUGGUUUCUGUGAAAUUAACAUGAUUGAACUAACUCCACCCAGAGGUUAUGCAAAACUCCCUUUUAAAUGGUUUGACUACCUCAGGGAAACUGAUUCAAUAGCAGCACCUGUAAAGCUCUUCAAUAAGGAAGUUCCAAACCAUGGGUUUCAUGUUGGAAUGAAACUGGAGGCUGUUGAUCUGAUGGAGCCUCGCCUGGUGUGUGUGGCCACAGUGACUCGCAUCAUCCAUCGGCUCCUGAGGAUCCACUUUGAUGGGUGGGAAGAUGAGUAUGAUCAGUGGGUGGAUUGUGAGUCCCCAGACCUGUAUCCCGUGGGAUGGUGUCAGCUCACCGGGUACCAGCUCCAGCCUCCGGCGCCGCAGUCAUCAAGAGAUAGCCAGUCAAGUUCAUCCAAACAGAAGAAAAAAGCUAAAUCGCAACAGUACAAAGGACAUAAGAAAAUGACUUCACUGCAGCUGAAGGAGGAGUUGCUGGAUGGAGAAGAGUACAGCUUCCUUCAGGGAGCGUCCGACCAGGAAAGCAACGGAUCUGCCAGCUACUACAUCAAACAGGAACCAUGAGGCAGCUCAGAAGAGUGAGAGGCAGAGGAUUGGUGAUAGGAAAAGAGCCUUUCUCCAAGACUGACUGAUGUUGUUCCCACUUGGAUGGUGCAGUUGGGGUGACUGUGCCUGGGGCACUUUGCUGACUGUAGAUGAGUUAGACUCAGUUCAGAAUUUUUUGGAAGGGCGGGGAAACUAUUUUAGUGAAAAAGAUUUUUCAAUUUAUUAAAAACAAAAAAAAUGGACACUUUUGUGUUGUAUUUGAAGCUUUUGAAAGAAUUUUGUAAUAUUUUCAAGUUCAGAUUUAUUGUGCAUUGUUAACGAGAACUGAAAUUCUAAUUUUUUGGUAAGAUUAAAGUUUAAUUAGCAUGGUUGUGGGAAGUGGUUGGAGGAAGAUAUAGUUGCAAAUACAAAUGAACUGUCAUAACAAAUGAACCUUUUUGGUACAAGUUGGGAGACUUUUAAGACUCUUGUGAACUGCACUGGUCACGCCUCUGGUUUUCAUUGUGAAAAUAAGGCGUUUAAGCCCUAAUUUAGAGGCAUCAAUUGUAUGUGGAAGAUAGUCCUGUAAAGCUCUACUCAGUGAGUAGCCCCAAGUGCAACGGAGCCAUCACCUGAGGAGGAUUUUAACUUUUCAAGAUGUUUUUGUUUAAUUUAAAAUACCUUUUUUUUAUAUGAGGUUUUGCUUUUUAAUGUUCCUUAGGGUCUGAUUCAGUGCCCAUUAAUAUCAGUAGCCUUGUCGUCGACUGCAGUGGGCACUGGAUUGGGUCUACAAAACUCUUGUCUGUACAUGAAUGUCUGUAGUCUUGAAUGCUUCAGCACAUGUUUACAGAGCCCUAUGCCAAACUGGAACUUUAGAGAAUUCCCUCAUUUGGAAGAUUAGUUUUAGCUCUGAAUUUCGACUGAAGAAGCAGCUUAAAUGGACAGUAACUAAGGACUCCCUUGGUGGUGGUAAGGAGCUUGUGAGUAUUCUUCUGACUAUCUUUUUCUAUUCAGAAAGCCCUAGAUGUUUCCUUACCAUCUUAAAUAUUUAUCUGUGGACAUUCAGAAUUGAUGUUCCACGUGGUUUCAGGUGAGCUGAAAGGAGCCAUAUGUUGUGGAUUAAAAAAUUACUUCAGCCCUGCAUAGCCUGCAAUAUUCAUGUCUUGCUGCAGUAGUGUAAUGUGGGAGUUGAGACUUGAGAACAGUAUAAUAUCAUAUAUUUUUCAGUAUAUAAUUCAUAAACUGGAUUUGCUUAUUGCCUGGAAUUCUUGUCUCACAUCAAGUAUUCCAUAAGCCCCACGUGUUCAACUGUCCUGACUUUUACCUCGUAAAAGUCACAUAACAGAGUGAAAAUGAUGACCAGUAAAAUACAAGGUGUUUUUGCAGGAGCUCUUAAUACUUUGAAUUUUCUUUCCAUAUUUUUAACCUUUCAACAUUUUUGUAAAUGACCUCAUUCGUGGAGUUGAUGAGUGAAGUGGUUAAACAGCCCUGCAGAGCUGUGACUAGAAAAAUGUGCAUCAAGAGCUUUAGCUUUUACCAGUAAGGUUCAUUAACUAAACUCUCAGGAAUUAACUGCAUAUGUUCUAUAAGUGCUUCUGGGUCUUCGCAGGUCCCCUUCAGAGCAGUACAAUGAUAUCUGACUCUAGACCAUAAAUUAGGGCUUAAAAAAAAAAAAUUCCAUCAAAGUUAUUAACAUCUGUGUUCCUACAGCCUAAGAAAUGCUUUAAGGAUAUCAACCCACAGAGCCCCAGGAGACCAUUUUUGUAUAUUGUUGUUUGAGCUUAAAAAAAAAAAAGUGCAUAGAAAGUUGAAAACCAGCAAUUUGAUUAUUUUCUAAAAUAUUGCUCUAACUUUGGGUACAUAGUAUUGGUGAUAUGCACAGGUUUACCUCAUUCUAUGCAAGAGGGGUUAAUUAUGUAAAGUUUUGUAUUUACUACUGGAAGUAAAACAUGUCCUGUAUAGUGUAGGAAUGUCUGGAAUUCUUUUCUCCCUUACUGGUAAAAUUUCUUAAAUAGCGACCCCUUUUUAACAACAGCUUCUUCUACUGACAGGAUCUGGUAAUCAGAUUAGAAGUGUCUAUAACUUCAGGUGGUAAAGACAUUAUAGCUCUCUGAAAUAGCCAUAAAAAGGACUUUGUUGGGCCUGGUAGACUUCAAAUACCUUAUUUCAGAUUCUGACCUGCCUGUGAUGUUUCCUUUGAAUAGCCUGGAUUGGAGAAGUAGGAUUAGAGAUCAUUGUAAUGACACUUUGAGCCUUGAUUAUGGUUUGGUUCCCCACCCUCCCCCCCCAUGUUCUCAAAUUAAUCCAGCUCUGCAAGCAUUGAUUUGGUUUGGUAAGUAAAGCACUAUUGAUUUAUUCUUUUUUUUUUUUAAUGCAGCAACUUGCAGAUUGUCCCAGUCAGCUGGAACAAGGUUCUCACAGUCUUGCUUUCUUCUCUCACCAGCAGCUUCUGACUUCAGUAGAAAAACUGUUGCAUUAAUUUGUGUUUCAUAAUGUGGAAGGUCAGGCUGGAGUGAGUGAGGUGUAUUGCCAGGUCACUAAACCUUGGGUUUCUGAGUAUUGCCCAGGCUCAUCCCUGAUUUCAGAGUUACAGUCUUCAAAUGUCAAGAGGGAAAAUUAGUCCUUAACACUUCUGUGUUGAAGAAAUGUUAAGAAUCUGUUUUGAAGUCUGUCAGUCUUUAUAAUAUUCUUUUAUUCAUCAAACACUAAAGUCUGUGAGGCGACGUGUGUUCUUGGGUACCUGUGUGACUUCAGGAGUUGGUGAAAUGUCUUUUGUGUUUCUGAAUUUCAAAAUAUGCCUGAAUUGUGUAAUUAUCAAGUACAGUGACAUCUGUCCUAAGCAAACCACGCAAGGAGCUGCUUGAAGUCCCUCAUUCAGGAGAGGCUCAAGGAGGACCUGAGGGGAGUUCUGCCGGGGCCAGAGGGGUCUCGGCAGUGCCAGCGGGCCAGGGGUGUCCGUGUGGCAGCUCCCUGGGUUUGCAGAGCAUUCCCGUGGCUCUGGGCACUGUUGUCUUGGCUUUAAGCUGUGGUGCUUGGCUAAGAGAGCAGCGAGUGUUGGACACCUGAAACCUUCAAUGGGGUCGGACUGGUUUUGGCAUUUGGCACAGCAGGUUUUUAUGACCAUGAGGUGGCACAAGUCCUGUCCCUUUACUUGGCCGCUGCCCCUUUGUAAUUGCUCAAAAUCUCUCUGCUGAUCUUUGAUUUUUAUGUUAUUUUACACACAACUCUCUAACCUGUUCCUUGCUGCGUCUGAGGAAAGCUACAGCAGUUAUUGAUUCCUUGUUCUACGGAUACUAACACGGGUUUCAGUGUUUGUUUGGUUUUUUAUUGUUGUUUUAUGUGAUGUGAAUACCCUCCCGUCAAUAUUUGUACGAUGGUGCUAAUAUAUUUGGUAACAAUCCUUUAUUGGGAAGGGAUUUUAAAAAACUGUGAUUUCAGCUGAAUUUUUUCUUCCUUUUGAUUUUUUUCAUAUUUAAAACGAAAAGCCACAGCCAUUUAUACAAAAAAGGCAUCAGCUUUGGCCCCUGGGAAAAUGUUGGGGCGGGAAUCAAGAUUAAACAAAUGGGGUUUUUACAUCAUUUCUGUAUGUAUUUGAUAUAUAGAUCAAUAUCUGUACAAAUUUAAUCUUUUUAUUUUCUUGGUAAUUUGUGUGGUCAAUGAGAGAGUAUUUAAAGCUUUCUCAUGCAAUGUACAUAACUCAGUGAAGAAAAUGCUUUUGGAGAAAUUAAUGUUACUUUCAUUUUUACGAGACUGCAGAUUUUCAGCAUGGAUGUGAAAAGCAUUAAAAUUAUAACUUUGUGUACAAGAUGAAAAUAAUUCACUAAAUUUGCCUUUUUUACACAAAAUAAAAAUGAUAAAAAAGUCCU